UUGACUUUUUUUUUGUACGUUUAUCAGAAUACAAAACAAGGAGACAGUAUGAGGAAAUGGCGAUAGAGAGAACAUGAUGCUGUAAACACUCUCACCUGAAAAAGAAGGAGGUACCUCAUCUGUCAGCACAGCAGGAAAGGGUGCGGAGAAAGAGUGACAGAAGGAGUGACUGAUAGGGUGUGCUUCUCUUUGGGUGAGGGAGGAGGAGGGGUGUAGUCAGCCAGAGAGACAACAGAGAGAGCGAGAGAAAACAAAACUCUUCCAGGCUCUCAGAUCUUGACUGUGGUGGAGACACCCAGGAGCAGUGCAUUCCUGAAGCAGGCAGGCAGGCAGCCAGACGGGGCAGGAAAAGGGGAGCCACAUCCUUGAUAUCGCUUUGUCACCACGUCCGAUUGCCUCUGACCUCUUCUUCGUGACUGUCAUCGUCCUCCACAUCGUACACACACAUAGACAUACGUACGAUUACACACUCGUACACACAAACACUGCCUCACACACCGGACGGAUUCUUUUACCAUUUCAAUUUUCAAGGGUUUUGCCCAGCAAGGCAGAGACGAGGUAUAAGGAGACUAAAGGCAGUGAAAAUACUGUAUAUUCUUCCUGAUUUGGGGCCAUGCAAUGCUGAGCUGAGGAAGGCGGAACUCUUGUGAUCAGUUUGGAAGACGACCAUCUUACCAAUCGGCUUGCUUCAUUCGGUCGCAGAUGGAGCUCAAAGUGUGGGUGGACGGAGUGGUGCGGGUGGUGUGUGGACUCUCGGAAGAGACGUCCUGCCAGGAUGUGGUCAUCGCUCUGGCCCAGGCAAUAGGUCAGACAGGCCGCUAUGUACUGAUCCAACGUCUGCGCGACACCGAACGACAGUUGCUGGCCACAGAAAGACCUCUUGAGUCUCUUGCCAAGUUAGGCCAACACGGCAGUGAGGUUCAGUUCUUCCUGCGUCGCACCGGCCCGAGCAGCAGUGAUGGGCCUGGCUCAAAACACGACAAACUAGGCCCUCUAGCCCUGCCCAAGUAUACUGAGCCGGACCUUUUAAAGCGCAGCCAACCCAAGAAAUCACUCACAUUCAACCUUGGCCCAUCAACUCCUCCCAAAGCCAAGCAGUUUCAGAGGUCUCCUCGGGACUCCCCAGACCAGAGAGCCUCACCUUCCUCUUCUCCCACUCCUGCAUCUUCUCAUGCACCAUCUCCCUCGCCAACAACAGGCCCAUCCAAAGAGGAGGUCUUUAGAGCGGUUCUCCAGCAACAAGAGAGAUUAAGGGCUAUUGAAGCACAACUCGAAAACCUAGAAAGGGAGUCUAAUGCUUGGGAGCACCACCACCCGUCUCUGUCUCCUUCACCCAUCUCGGAUGCUCGCUUCCAAGAGGAGCUGGACACCCUGGAGCAAACCAUGCGGAUCAAUCAGGCUGAGCUCGCACACGAGCAGUACUGGCAGGAGGAGUUCCAAGCUGAGACGCAGCGGGAGCGAGGAAUGAGGAGGAAGCUCGGGGACCUUCAUGCUAAGCUAGAUGACUGCGGGAGGCGGCUCCAUGAGUUCUCGGUGCGCUCCGCUCAGCUAGAGCAAGAGAUUCAACAAGAAAGUCAGAUGGAAGCCACAAACAAGCGACCAGACGAGUCCCUUGAUGCCGUGAGAGCAGAGCUCCGGAGCCAGGAGAACCACGGAACCGAGUUAGAGGAGCACCUCUCUGAGACUGAUAAAGCUCUUGGGAAGGCAGAGUCUCUGCUGCAGGCCAAACAGGACGAGCUGGAGGAGUUGAACAAGGAGUUGCGGCAGUGUAACCUGCAGCAAUUUAUUCAACAAGCCGGCGUCCUGCCUGCACAUAGCCACUCACGCGCAGACCUCCAAGAGCAACUGGAGCAGUUAGAAUUGACACAUCUUUUCCCGGAAGAAUACAGCAAUGGCACGGAAUCACCACCUCGCCCGACUGCUAAGCAGUUCCUGGGACAUCCACGCAACCUGCAGAACCCCCUCGUGUCCAGCCUCAACCCUGAGGUCCUGACGUCCCGAGAGUCAUCAUGGCGAUAAACAUGGACCACAGGGCCAAGGGAAAAUUGUUCACUUUUUAUGUCACCAUCACCAAUUUAACCCCUUUCUUUGCAAAUCUCAUUAUUAAUAAUACCAUGAUAUACAUACUGUAUAUACUUAAGACAAAUAUAUUUACAGUGUUUUGUUACUGUAAGUGCUACAAAUUACCUGUGUAAACUUUAGGAACCUUUUAGCAAUUAUUACCUCAUAUUUAAAUGUAAUAAAAAAUGUCUUCAUGUUUUGGAGAA